UGUUUGCAUGGGAGAUGGGCGGGCGCAACCAUUUGUCACAACUGUGCGAAUAAUAGAUCAGUUUUUUCAGUAAAACCCAUCGGAAACUAAAUAGAAAUGCACAGUUGUUUUGCUGUUUUCACCUUAAGCUAUGUCGGAUCGUCGUCAACGUGGUUGCAUCAUGCCAGACACUGCCGUGGAUUAUCAGGCAGUGCCGUUACAUUCAGCCGACGCAACGGAAAUUCUCCAUGCAAAUUCAAAUGCAACAACAACGAAUGUAUCAUGUUGCAGACAUCCGAUGGCAGCAGCUGGGAAUGAAGAACGCGCCCUAUGCUGUGGACAUGGCUACAUUAUACCAGUGCUGAUACUUUUUGUGCUCGUGCUCAUUGUUCUUCUGUUGCCUUGGGAGACGCUAAAUCGCAUGCCAGAGGAAAACACCCCCGUCGAACUUCCGUUGCCUUGUCAACUGCAAUUGGUGGAAACGCUGCCACUGGGUCUCAACUAUACGCCCGAUAGUCCAAAAUUCCUCAGCACAUUCGAGGCGUGGCAACUACUUCUAAACACGGCAAAGGCUACCGUUGACAUUGCUGCUCCAUUUUGGACGCUGCGAGGCCUGGACUUUAACGAUUCUAGCACUCAGCCGGGCGAGGAGCUCUUUCAGCGUUUGCUCUCGAACGGAGAUGCAGGCAAGCCAAGGUUACGCAUACGUAUUGCGUUGAACAAGAGUGCAGAUAGCUUUUGGCAUGCGGAUGCUCGCAUCUUUGGCAACUAUGGCGCCGCUCAAGUGGUGGCCAUUAGAUUGCCCGGCGAAGGAGCACUGCAUUCGAAGCUCUGGAUUGUGGAUGACCAGCACUUUUAUUUGGGAAGUGCCAACAUGGAUUGGCGCUCACUGACACAUGUCAAAGAGCUGGGUGUGCUUGCCCAGAAUUGUCCACAGUUGACGCGCGACUUAUCCAAGAUCUUCAAGGCCUAUUGGCAGAUUGGGAGCGCAAAAGAUGCAUCCAUUCCCAGCCAAUGGUCAUGGCACUAUCACACCAAUUACAAUCUCCGCCGACCUAUGUUGAUACGUGGCAAUCGCAACUAUACAAUGAGUGCAUUCAUAUCCACCUCGCCACCUUUGCUUACCGCCCAAGGACGCACUCCUGAUUUAGAUGCCAUACUACAUUUUAUCGAAUCGGCCAAUGAGUUCAUCUACAUUGCUGUCAUGGACUAUUAUCCCUUGAUAGUUUAUAGUACGCAUGUCCAGUAUUGGCCACCGAUUGAUAAUGCGCUGCGCAAAGCAGCCGUGGAGCGGGGUGUGGCGGUCAAGCUGCUGGUUUCGUGGUGGAAGCACUCGGAUCCCAACGAGGACAACUAUCUGCGCUCGCUGCAGGAGUUGUCCACCUCCAACAACAACCAAGUAGAUAUACAAAUUCGCCGUUUUGUAGUGCCUUCCGAUGAGCAGCAAUUGAAAAUACCCUUUGGCCGGGUUAAUCACAACGCCUAUAUGGUCACCGAACGUAUUGCCUAUAUUGGCACCUCUAAUUGGUCUGGUGAAUACUUCACACACACGGCUGGCGUUGGUCUCGUGUUGUCCGAUGUGGAUUUUGAAAAUAAUACACAGCAAACGCUACGCUCGGAUCUUUUUAAUGUCUUCGAACGAGAUUGGCACAGUCCAUACGCUGUGCCCUUGAAACACAAUUUACAGCUUUGAAUUUGUAAAU